AUGCUCCCACUGAACUGCAUUUCUAGCGUGCUUAGCCAAUUCCUCCGUAUAUAUGCACAUCUACAAUGGAUGUUUGCUCUGAACUGUUCCAGUUUCCUGAUGGAGAGGAAAAAGCAGACCUACGGCACCGAACGCAAUGAUCUGAAGGCCCGUAACUCCUUCCGCUACAACUGGCUGACUCACCACAAGACUGCGGGAGUGGAGCCUGUGGCCGAUGGCAAAGGGGUCGUGGUGGUCACGAAAUGCAGAUCCGGCUAGUGAAAACCCACCACUACCACUUCUUAUGUGAGGACCACCACCAACAAGAAUGCUUGGCCACCCUCAGCAGCAGCAGGCAAUGUGACCCGAAAGAACAAGCACAGCUCUGAUCUGCGAACAGCGGCAACCCGCAGGGCCAGUGCCAUCCUGCGAGGCCAGAAGCCUGUGGUGGUAAAGAGGAAACGGACCCGCCCCACCAACAACUCCUGA